UCCUUAUCGUAACAAAUACCUUGUGAACACUGAAAUUGACUUGUUAUGCAUUGUAAUUUCACACCAUAGCGGUAGGAAACAACUUCAACUGGAGGGAAAUUUUGAGAUUUGGGUCUAGUAAAUUUACUCUGUUUCAAUGGAAUUUUUGUUAAUUCGUGUUCAUUUUUAUACCGAACCAUAAUAAAUGUAGUGAAUGAAGAUACAUGUAUGUGUAUGCGUGUGUGCUUUUUGGGUGAAGCAAGAUGGCCGACCAAUGGCUUCAUGCGGUCAGCAGGGACGCCCCUCCCAGUCGUAUAGCGUUCAGUGGGUUCGGCUGAUGCAAUUCCAUGCACAACAUGAAUCGUUCUCUUUUUGCCACAUCCAAUAUGGCGGUGACGCCCACGCAUGAUUCAGCGCUCAAUGCGGCGCGUUUUUUAAUCUUUUUUUUUUCAUUCAGCUUUAUUAAUGCAUUACAAUUUAUAAUAACAGUGUCAAACCAUGGGCAUUAACAAACAACAGUUGGAUAACAACAACAUACAUAAGCCAUAUAGGGAUUAAGGAAAUACAGUAACAGAAAAGUGAUAAAUAAAUACAUUUAGGAAAAAAAGAAAAAAUAAUAAUAAUCAUUAAAGUGAGAUACACCAGGGGACAUUAGCAAUGGAAAUUAAAUUGAAUUAAGGAUAUUGAAUUGGGAGCACACAUUUAUAGUCUUGAUAGCUUUCUUGUUGCUCAAUGCGGCGUGUACGUCACCGGAGAAACUCGCACAUGCGCAACAAGUCGACCUACCCGACUCACAAAACUGGUGAGCCCAUUACGACCUACUAAGGCCGUUCACGAUUCACUCAUGCGGCUUUAGCUAGCGAGUCUAGGUUCGUGAGUACCCGGGUUCGAGUGUUCGAUUCGGCGAUACCGAGCGGGCAGCUCAGACAGGAAGAGGAAAGGAGCAGAUCUGUUGCUUUUGAAUACAGUUAUACAAAUGCAGUUAGAGUAUCAUUUGCGCAAUUAACGCCAUGUUACAUGGUUUCCCUUUUAAUUUAGCAGCAGCGACAGGGUAAGUGAACGAAUCAACAGAGACGAAUACCCGCUAGUGCCGGUUCAGUAACAAAAAAAAAACUCGCGAGGUUUGAACGACUCGGUAAAUACUCGACCACCAUUAGCGCGCACCUCGUGUUAGAAGAGUUGUUGCUCGUGCACGUCACGCGAGCUUGUUGUAGUUCUACUUCACCCUGCAGGGCUAAGCUAGCUUUCUCACUGGCUAAGCGGCCUACUGUUGCUCCCCUCGGCUUUCACUUUCACCACAGAAGAGUCGAGGUUUUCAUCCGCUUCCCAAUUCACUGGUUGUCUACUUUCAGGUCAUGGCAGAUUUCUCUCUGUCAGAUGCUUUGGGAGACAGCACCCCAAGCCAGGCCAAAACACAAGGCAACACCAACCCAUCCGCUCCUGCAAACAAUCCCCCACAUCCUUCCAACCCGGGAUGGCCCACCUCUGCCCCCGGAGCUCCCACCCAGCCCUCCGCUCCCUCCGGCUACCCGGGUGGAUGUGGUCCAGGGGCUCCGGGCCCGUUCCCAUUCCCCUCCAGCCCUGGAGCCCCGGGCCACUACUCGGGACCUCCUUCAGCACCCGGUGGUUUCCCGUCUGCUCCUGGUGUACCUGGACAAUAUCCUCCAGCGCCAGGGGCUCCAGGGCAGUAUCCCUCAGGUCCCGGAGCGCCAGGCCAAUUCCCAGGGCACUACCCACCUGAAGGAGCUCCAGGACAGCUCCCCGGAGGCCCAGUUCCUUAUCCAGCUGGACCGUUCCCCUCUGGUCCUGGAGCUCCUCCUGGGCCUUAUCCAAACAUGCCUCUCCCUGGUAACUACCCCCCAGCGGGUAACGGCGUGUACGGACCUGGGGGUCCCGGUGCUUUCCCUCCUCCAGCCGGUCCAGGCUCUUUCCCGGCAUUCCCCGGUGGAGGCUUUCCCCCUAUUCCUCCAGGCUCUUGGGGGUCUGCGGGUGGAGGUUUCCCACCUGCCCCAGGCUCCUUCGGUCCUGGUCUCGGCCCAGCGGGUUCGUAUGAGGGGCCCCCUGCUCCAGGAGGCAUGCUGAUGGUGCCAUAUGAUCUCCCACUCCAUGCGGGAAUUCUUCCCCGUCUUGUCAUCACAAUCAUCGGGGAGCCUCUUCCUGCUGCCAACAGGUUCCACGUUGACUUCAUCAAAGGUCCAGACGUGGUCUUUCACUUAAAUCCUCGAUUUAUCGAGCAGACGAUUGUUAGAAAUUCCAACAUCGGCGGAUGUUGGGGUCCAGAGGAAAGGGGCGGCAUUUUCCCGUUUGUUCCAGGUCGACGUUUUGAGCUGAAGAUCCUGGUGGAGGAGGACAUGUUCAAGGUGGCCGUGGAUGGCAGCCACCUGCUGGAGUACGAGCACCGUGUGGGUGGCCUGGAGGACGUCACCCUGCUGCGGGUGGUCGGUGACGUUGUCCUCUACAGCGCGUCGCCCAGCAUGAUGUGAUGUGCUCGCAGCCCCCAGGACAAACUCAAGCGCUCUUCCAGUGUUUGAAAACGCGUUUGAUGGAACACCAAUCAGCAGAGUGGAAUCUUUGUUGUUUUGUAUUUAUCUCAGCAGAUGGCACAUUCAUGCUGGAAGUGAUGACUCACAUGACACUUCGACACUUUGUUGUGCGUCCCAAAUAUUUCAUCAUCACCGUAGCAGACAGGACCCUCCUCACCAGGUGCAAAAUACCAACAAGGUACAUUUUGGAUUGUUGGAUCCUCAGGAGCUUCUAAGUCGAGAUUCAACAUGCACUAACACCAAACGGGAGUGAGACAAGAUAGAAAUGUAUCGCAUAGAAGCAUUCACGUGGAAUAGGCUGUUCAUCAGCUGAUCAAAAGUUGAAGUGCGCAGCUCAAAAAAAGCCUGAAAUAGAAAUAAAAUGUUGCAGCAGCUGUGCCGUUCUUGUUCAUGGGUGGAAACAGCUGUGAGCAUGCUUGAUGCCAGUGUUUCCAGGAGGCGCUACAAGUGGCCUCACUGUCUGGAAUUCAUGUCCACUUUUGUAAAUCCAUCCCCAAAUGGUCUCCAUUGGAUUUGGAUGAGGGGAACAGGCAGGAUGGUCCAAAAGAUUGACCUUAUUCCUCUUUGUGAAGUGCCUGGCAUUACCACACAGACCAGGGCCGUCAGUCAUGAGGGAUGACCCCUGCGACAUUUGCCGUUUGACGCCCCUGCGCGACCUGAAGCUCCAUUGUUCCAUUGAAGGAUCAUGGUGGAAAACAUCUCAGGUGGGAUCUCCUUUUCAUGCCAGUAACGUUGGAAGCCAUCAGGACUGUCACGGGAGAAAAAAACUUUCUUCCACCUUUCAAUAUCCCAUGUUUGGUGCUUCCCUGCACAUUUCAAACCUUGAAGGAGACCAGGCCUUUGAAGAUGUUGUUUCUUCUCUGGCAGAUGGCAUCUGAUGGUUAUCGGACUGCACUCGGCACCAGUACCAACCUUCAUUUGGGUCGAGGAUGGUCCCGUGUCUUGACGGACAGCCAAUGGGAUCCUCCGGCUCUUUUUUUCGGGUCUACUGCUUGACCUUUUUGUUCCAUCACCCUCGGGAUGUUUUUCAGAAGUUAGAAGUGACCGUCUUACCGCGUCCAACCUCAGCAGCAAUGGCGCACUGUGAGAGGGAGGCCUCGCUUAUGCAGCUCAGCAAAGAGAGAAAACUUUUUUGCCUUUGCCAUCAAGAUGACACUAAAUCACAUUCAGUCCACAUUUUGCCUUUUAAAGGCUGUGCUCUUCAGCUUUUCAUGAUUCAGCUUAAUGCUUCUCUGCUGUACAUUACUUUUUCAGUUCUUCUUUUUGCAUUUUGAAGCUCUGCUUAGAACCUCCUUAAGGUCCAACCGUGCAAAAUGUACAUUUGGAUGGGGAGUGUAUGUCAUGCUGGUCCCUCCCAAUUAGUUGAACACGAUGCGUUUCUGUCACGCAUAAAGCUGUCUUGCUUUUGCACUAUGCUAUCUUUUCCAUACAAAUCAUGAUUUAUAAAGCCAAACACUUUCACUCAUCUGUGUUUUAACUUUUCUCUCCAUGUGGACUUCUAAAUGGUCGCAAAAUGAUUGACGGAGGCUGUGAAAUGUGUUCAACAGCCAAAGAGAGCAGGCAGGGGUCAAAGUCUAAUGGCUGGCGAUGCGUUGCUUUUACUUGUGAAUCCAGUCUCCUGUCUGACUCGUUUUCCAAAUGUGUUGGACAAUUUACUUAAAUAAAAAUGUGUCAGUGAGUUAUUC